AUGCACAUCCGCGGCCUCGACCACGUCGCCCUCGGCGUGCGCUCGCUCCCACGGGCCGCCGCCUGGUACCGGGCGCUGCUCGGCCUCGAGGACUUCCGCCCAGGCGACCCCGCCUUCCAGAACGAGGCCAUCCGCAUGGUGCAGUCCCCCUGCGGCGGCGCCAAGCUCGCGCUGCUCCACCUCGACGACGCCGCCUGGGCGCUGCGCGAGCGCCAGCUGCGCGCGGCCAUCGGCGAGGCGCUGCGAACGCGCGCGGCGCCCGCGGGCGCGGGGCCCAAGGAAGGGGCCCUGGGACACACAAACAAAUGCGCACAAAUAAACCUAUACCCCAUAGUUUCCCGUAUUUUCUGGGUUUUUGUCUCCCCCCCCCGCUUCCCAUAUCUUCCCUUAUUUUCGGGGGAGUCGAAGAUGACUUCUGUCUUUGUGUUUUCUUCCCUCCUGACCCGAGGAGGCGCGGACCGGGGGCGGCGGCCGUGCGUCGGCCGCCGCGGCUUCGUCGCCACCCUGCCCGCGCGCCUGGAGGCGGGCAUCGCGACGCACGCGGGCGCCUGCCACGGCGCGAGCGCCACACAACCAGAGGAGGCAGCGGGCUUGGGCGGGGGCGCUGGCAGACCAGGUCUUGGGCCCGCGGGCGACCUGCAUGGAGCCCCGGGCGGCGCGGAUGGCGGCUGCUCCGAUCGUCAGCACCUCGGGCGCGCAGGCGCUGCGGGCGGUGGGCGUGCCAGCGUCCGGUGCUUUCCUCGGCGGCCCAGGCGGGGCGCGCGAGUCUCUGGAAGCUUCUGGCCCCAUGAUCGGGGUCGGCACCACCGUGCGUGUGUGGAGCAGCAGUUCGCCAGGCUGUUCCGGUGGCGCGAGUACGAGAAUUACGGGCCGGAGGUGCAGCAGAGCGUCUUCUUCCACGACCUCGACCUGAACGAGGUGGAGGUCACGUUCUGGGGCGGGCGCACGGAGGGAUUUCCGGACGCCGCGUGGAGCGCAGAGGCGGCGUAG